UAAACCAUGGGCCCCAUACUAUUGUUUCACGUGUAUGGGAUCAGACCCGCACCUGAUUUUAAGCGAAACAAAACUCGAACAAGUUGGAUGUAAAACGACAAGGUAGAUUAUUAACAUGGAAGAUAUUUCGUGGAAACUUCUUCUCUUUUGCCUGACCUGAAAAGACAGUUAAGGGUUGACCCGUGGACUUACUCACCACCCAUGGUUUUGGCUUCAGUUUCUUAUCUUAUUCUUUAUCAUUCACAAUCACUCAACAGUUCGCACUCUUAUCAAUUCCGAUGAUCAUUCACGCUUUCUUAAUCUUCUCCAUUCUCGUUUCUGCCGCCGUAGCAGGAGAAGGAGCAACGAGUACGUACGUUCCCACCGAUGUCUUUUUCUUUAACUGCGGCGAAACAUCUGACCAGGUGGACAUAAGUGGCCGUAACUGGAAAGCGGAGGAACGGAAAAUACUUCCGUCAAAUGCAGCCGACGCAUCGUUUCCUUCACGUGCAUCAUUCCAAGGAUCGGGAGUUUCUCAGGUUCCGUACAUGACUGCUCGGAUUUUCCGACAUGAUUUCACUUACGGUUUUCCUGUCUCCCCCGGCUGGAAGUUCCUCCGUUUAUACUUUUACCCGACACGUUACGGUUCCGACUUCGACCUUGCAGUAAACUCCUACUUCUCCGUCACCGUCAACGGUUUUACUCUCUUGAAGAACUUCAGCGCCGAUUUAACGGCAAAGGCUUCUAAUGACGCGUUCACGAUUAAAGAAUUCAUCGUUCCUGUUUCGACUGGACACACAAUACUAAAUCUAACGUUCACCCCGUCUUUAAACAUGUUAGCUUUCGUUAACGGCAUCGAGAUUGUCUCGUUGCCUGAUCAGUUUUACUCAAAUGGAGGAUUCGACGGCAAGAUAACACCUGUCGGUAUCCCGGACUUCGGGAUAGACAAUCGAACAGCUUUCGAGACUGUUCACAGGCUUAACACUGGCGGACAAAUGAUCGAUGGCGUAAACGACACGGGAAUGUUCCGGCAGUGGCUUGCUGAUGAAGAGUAUCUACUCAGUGUAAAUUCGGGAGCCGUGCCGAACAUCACAGAUCUGAAGAUCAACUACACGGAGAAUACUCCGGUGUAUGUUGCGCCGGAAGACGUGUACUCGACGUGUCGUACUAUGGGUAACUUCGAUAACCCUAGGCUGAACCUGAACUUCAAUCUGACGUGGCUUUUCCCAGUAGACGCGGGGUUUAACUACCUCGUCAGGCUUCAUUUUUGUGAGACUCUACGGGAAGUUAACGGACCGGGCCAACGUGUCUUCACCAUCUUCAUCGGAAAUAAGGUUGCAAAGUUUGACAUGGAUGUCAUUCAGCUGAGCGGUGGUUCUCUCAUUCCGGUGUAUCUAGACUUUGGUGUAUUUGUUGGUUUGGAAAGUGGGCCGAGAACUGAUCUACGACUUGACUUGCAUCCUUACACGGACGUUACUCCAAAGUUUUACGAUGCUAUUCUCAAUGGUGUAGAGAUUCUCAAACUUAGUUUCCCUGACGGAAAUCUCGCUGGACCUAAUCCUAAUCCUAAUCCUACGUCAGGUGUUACACCAAACUCUGUAAAGCAGGAUAUACAAAAAGGCAAAGGCAAGUCACACGUUUUGGUAAUAAUACUCGUAACUGUUGGAUUUGCAAUUGUGCUAGCAAUGUUUGUUGUUGUUCUUGUCAUCGUAAUGAAGAGGAGGAAGAAUAAAAAGAAGGUUACUAUAGAUACCAAGAGCAAGCCUACAGACUCGUGGACUACUCUUCCGCUUGUUGCCGGGUCAUCAUCGCAUACCAGAUCGACUACAUCUCUUCCAUCCGAUCUCUGCCGUCGGUUCUCCAUCCUCGAGAUCAAAUCCGCCACAAACAAUUUCGAGAAAAAACUGAUAGUUGGAGUAGGCGGGUUUGGUCCUGUCUACAAAGGAAGAAUCGACGGUGGAGCCACGCUUGUGGCAGUUAAACGGUUAGAUAUUUCAUCCAACCAAGGCGUUAAUGAGUUCGAAGCAGAGCUCAAGAUGCUCUCAAUGCUCCGUCAUAUACAUCUCGUUUCCUUAGUCGGAUAUUGCGACGAUGAGAACGAGAUGGUUCUUGUCUACGAGUAUAUGCCACAUGGCACGCUUAGAGACCAUCUCUACAAGAGAAACAAGGUUUUUGAUCCUCCAUUGUCGUGGAAACGGAGGCUAGAGAUUUGCAUCGGUGCGGCUCGUGGACUACAGUAUCUCCACACAGGAGCGAAGGAGAUGAUCAUUCAUAGAGACAUCAAAACCACAAACAUACUUCUUGAUGAUAACUACGUAGCUAAGGUCUCUGACUUUGGGUUAUCAAAAGUGGGUCUUACAAGCUCAUCUCAAACGCACGUCUCGACGGUCGUUAAAGGAUCGUUUGGUUACCUCGACCCUGAGUACUAUCGCCGUCAAGCCUUGACGGAAAAAUCUGACGUGUACUCCUUUGGAGUUGUUCUGUUCGAAGUCUUGUGUUGUAGACCGGUCAAGCUCGAAAACGUUACACGGGAGGAAACAGAUUUGAUUCGAUGGGUGAAGUCGAAUUACAAAAAAGGAACCGUUGAUCAGAUCGUUGACGAAGAUCUAACGACUGAGAUUACUCCGCUAUCACUGGAGAAAUUCUGUGAGAUCGCUGUGCGAUGUGUUCAAGACCGUGGUAUCGAACGUCCAUCCAUGAACGACGUCGUUUGGGCGCUUGAGUUUGCUCUUCAGCUUCACGAGGCUGCUAAGAGUAAGAAUGCCGUGGACUCUCUUUAUCUCCCGAGACGUGACGAGGUUGGUUUGACGACGGACGGAGACAAUGACUUGUUUAGUAAGACUACGGGACGCAUGUCAAAAUCUGUGACGAGCGAUGAUGAUUCUGCUCGUCUUGCUGGCCAUGAGAAGAGCGGAUCGAGUUGGGGAGUAUUUUCUGAGAUACAUGACCCCAAAGCACGGUAACUUGUUGAAUAUGUAAUAAUGUAUAUAAUUGUUGAAAAAAACAUAAUAUUUUAAGUUUUUUUUGUGUACUAUAUUUUCUGUUAUGAAUCAUUGUAGUCGAAUAAUGUAUAAUGUACAAUGUAUUUACAGAAAAAAAAAUAACUAAAGUUUAAAUAAUU